AUGACCGACCCCAGCUCUGCCGCACCGGCCUUGCCCGAUCGACCUUCUCCGCUCAAUAAUGUUAUCAAUCAAACUGCCUCCAAUUACACAAAUCAAAAUCGUUUCGGUUCUGCGAACAACGCCUACUCUUCUCCAUACUCUUCUUACUCCUCCCCAUAUUCGCGCUUCGGUGGUGGUGGUAUGUACGGCGGAAUGGGCGGAGGUAUGGGCGGCAUGUAUGGCGGCGGUUACGGUGGAUAUGGAAACAGCAUGUAUGGCAACAGCAUGUACGGUGGCGGCUAUGGAGGGUUUCCGGGCAUGCCGGGCGACCCUAAUAACCCCAACAACCAGAGCCUAACACAGACCUGGAAUCAGAGCACUGCCGCUACCUUUCAGAUCAUGGAGGGUAUUGUUGGGGCAUUUGGUGGGUUUGCUCAAAUGCUUGAAAGCGCAUACAUGACCACCCAUUCUUCAUUCUUUGCAAUGGUUUCAAUGGCUGAACAACUAGGAAACCUUCGGCAAACCCUCGGCAGCGUCCUAGGCAUAUAUACUCUCUUGCGAUGGAUACGCACACUUGUCGCCAAACUCACUGGUCGGCCACCACCAGCUGAUGCUACAGCACUCACACCUGCCAACUUCUCAUCCUUUCUCUCCGGUGGUACGGCUCCCACAACCCUACCGGAUGGUUCACCCGCUCCUACUCGACCAUCCAAGAAACCCUUCAUCAUGUUCGCACUCGCCGUAUUUGGCCUUCCAUAUCUGAUGACUAAAAUGAUCCGAGCAUUGGCACGCUCACAAGAAGAAGAAAUGCGCCGCCAAGAGCAAAUGGCACUAUCAUCGGGUGCCGUCAAUGGUGAGCAAGGUCCUAUCGACUACCAAAACUUGGCCUUCUGCCGAGUCUUGUAUGAUUACAAUCCUGCUGCCAACAGCGGCGGUAUGGAUCUCGCAGUCAAAAAGGGCGAUUUUGUAGCAGUGCUUUCAAAAACAGAUCCAAUGGGCAAUGCCUCGGAAUGGUGGCGAUGUCGAGCCAGAGACGGCAAACAAGGCUACUUACCGUCACCAUACCUUGAAGCAGUACAGACCCCUGCCCAAAGAACACAGCCUCAGAUUACCGAAGGCAACGCAACCGCAUCGGCGCCGGGAAGUCGAUCAGGUACUAUGAAAGGUACGGGCCCAAUCACAGCAGCAACGAAACUGUUAGAAGACAGCAAUCGGACAAAAUCCCUGAGUUCCAUCUACGGCGCUGCCGGCAUACCACAGAACAAAGCCCAAGUGCCAGUGCCCGUGCCCAUCAGCGCAAAAGGACCGCCAGUAACCGGCAAGCCAGGUGAUAUCACAGCAGAGAGUUUUCAGAAGAGCGCAUUUUAUUCAUGA